AUGAACAUUCGGGAGCAGCUCGACGAAGGAAUGCUAAUGCUGCUAGAGACCGCCAUCACCGCGCUGGAUGCGAACGAACCCCAGCUGGCCGUCGCGGGAGAAUGCCUCAAGAUCGCUCACCGCCGCCUUAAGUGCUACUCCGUUGCUCUGGCCAAGGCGGGCCCAGGAGCCAACGGUAAUUUCACGGCCCCCUACGAAAUCUGGCACGGCAGGCGGCACAACUUCACCAAACCAGAGUUCAAACCAGAGGCCAUAGAUAAGGGCGACAUAGAGAGUGCAUUAGCUAAAACGCGCAAGUCGGUGGUGGCGGACAGGGACGAGAAUUUGGCCGCCACAGUACUGGGCACACUGCUCGUCGCCGCGGGUUUUAGAGCCCCUCGCCCCGUGCAGCCCCCCCCUGUCCAACGAGACAACACACAAGUGGAGACCAAGAACACUGCCAAGCGUCCCGCACCCGGCCCUGCAGAGCCCACCCGGCCCCGGACCAAGGUCGCCCGCCAAGCCCAGGAAUCACAUCCAGACCCAGGAGCCCCUUCGAGGAAUGAACAAGCAGUCCCAGAAGGAAUAAGGGCACGCGUGCAGACACUGCUUGGCCAGGUGCCCUUGGACGCUAACCCAAUGAUCGGGGAUCUAGCUCUGGCGUUGGCAAGCCAGGCGCACAAGGCGCGAGCUAGCAGCACAGUCGCCCAGUACAAGGAGCCAUGGCAGGAGUUCCUAGAUUGGGCAGAGCUACUACACAUUCGGGCGAGCGACAUUUACGACAUCAGGCCAGAGAUAGUGGCCAUGUACCUGAUGCACGUCUACCAAACCGCGCAAGCAGAUGAAGUCCAAAACGGACCAGGAGGGCAAAGGGCAGACCAUCCGGAUCGCGCGCGUGGGGGGCGUGGCCUGCCCAGUGGGCUUGACAGAGAGGCUGCUGGCGCUUGGUAACUAUGUCCGUGUCCCCAGUUCCCCCGUGGAGGAUGUGGGCCCGCUGCUGCGCAGGGUUAAGGCGACACAGCAAGGCCACCAGCUGCAGCAGAGGACCGGCUCUGUUCAGUCACCGAUCCCCAGCCUCAGCUAUAC